CAAAAUUAAUAAUAUUAAAUGAACCGACAAAGAUAAAUCGGUGGGCAUAUUUUGAAAUGGAUGAGACGUUGUUUUUGAAACCAGGGCUGUGAAAUUGUUUCCGACUAUUUUUAAAGAAAUCCUUAUAUUCUUGCCCCAUUUUGUGUAUGAUUGAAUCGCGGGGGAAUGAAAAUGGUGUCUCUGAUUGUCGCCACCACAAUCGAUCCAGCCUCCAUAAACCCAGCCAAAGCGCUCUUGUCCAUGCCUGGCUGGCGCCCCGGUCCUUCCUUACAGGAAAUAAAGAGCUUUGCCAAUCAGGAUGUGAGAGUUUUACAACACGACAAAAGCAUCGUGGUGGAGGAUGAUUUAGACAACCGUUGGGAGGAAGCUACUGGUGAAAUAGUAAACGAAGUCAUAUUUCUCAGCAGACACACUGCCGUUUCGAACCGUCCUGCUCUCACUGUUCACCCAAUCGGGGUGCCUCAUUUACGUGAAGGAGAUGCGUUGCCGCAGGGUGGCAGGCCUGGGUGGGCCGCGCCACCAAAUCCAAGAAUUGGUCCCUGGCUCAGACUCUUAAAGAAAAUCGCUGUCUCUCAUAAUUUAGUUCCUGAAUUUGAGAUUACAUUGGAGGGUACACAUCAUGGGCCGAUAACAAAUAAGCCGACUUUGUUUGUUGAGAUUGGUAGUACAGAGGAAUAUUGGCAGAGACAGGAUGCUGCCCAAGUUGUUGCUGAGUUAAUUUGGGAAGGACUUGGUCUUGGGGAAGGUGUGGCUGUAGGAAAUUGGAGCAGGGAGAAUGACAAGAAGAAGGUUCUUCUUGGGAUAGGUGGAGGACAUUAUGCACCUCGACAUAUGGACAUAGUUAUGAAAGGUGAUGUUUGGGUAGGCCAUCUACUCUCUGGAUAUUCAUUGCCAAUGGAAGAGCCAAGCCAGUUAAAAGCAGAUACUGAUGCCAAAGAUAUUGGUGGAACAUGGAAGCAGGCCAUUAAAGAAGCUUUUGAGGCUACCAAAACAGCUUUUCCUGGUGGGGAAAUUCUGGCACAUCUUGAUCAGAAGAGUUUCAAGGGCUGGCAGAAAAAUGCCAUUUUUGGAUAUCUCAGUGAUCUGAAUAUCAAAGUUGGGAAGCCAAAUGACUUCUUCUGAAUUCUCAACGUUCCUCUCGCCUUCUUUCCCAGUUGCAAAAUCAUCGACCUAUCAUAUUUUUGUUGCCUCUGGGGGACUGAGUAUGAAAUCUCAUAAAAUACAUUAAAUAAAAGGAUAGAACUAUGCAUACAAACAAAUUAUACAAAUUUAUUUGUAUAAACUGAAGUGAUAAUUUGAAAUUGAGUAUUGUGAUUGUUUAUUCUUUUUCUCAUUUUAAAAUCAUUUAUUCAGGUAUUAUCACUUCAUUUGUAUAGAAGAAUUGUAUAAUUUAUUUGCACAAAAGGGUUUGAACAAUUUAUUUGUAUUGUAAUACUACUUUAAAUAAUUUCUUUAUCCGAGACUCAGAUAUGUAUCCUACCUAUUAAAGUCUAAGAUUAAACAAUUAUAAACUAA